AUGGGCGUCAUCACUCACCCCAACAUCCGCGAUGGUUGGUUCCACGAGUACAACUCGCAGUGGCCCGGUCAGGCCAUGAGCCUCGAGGUUCAACGCAUCCUCCACCACGAAAAGUCGCUCUACCAGGACGUCCUCGUCUUCGAGUCCACCACUUUCGGCAAUGUCCUUGUCCUCGACGGUGUCAUUCAGGCUACCGAGCGCGAUGAGUUUUCCUACCAAGAGAUGAUUGCCCACCUUCCUCUCGCUUCGCACCCCAACCCCGAGCGCGUUCUCGUCAUCGGCGGCGGUGACGGUGGUGUGCUGCGUGAGGUCGUCAAGCACGACACGGUCAAGGAGGCCAUUCUCUGCGACAUUGACGAGGCUGUUCCCCGUGUCUCCAAGCAAUACCUUCCCAACAUGGCCGCGGGUCUCACUCACCCCAAGUCCAAGGUCAUCAUCGGCGACGGUUUCGCUUUCCUCAAGGACCCCAAGAACAAGGGCAGCUUCGAUGUUAUCAUCACCGACUCGUCUGACCCGGUCGGUCCCGCUGAGGCCCUCUUCCAGCAGCCCUACUUCGCUCUCCUCAAGGAGGCCCUCAAGCCCGGCGGACACAUUUCCACUCAGGGCGAGUGCGUCUGGAUCCACCUCGGUCUCAUCUCCGACCUGCGAAAAUCCACCAAGGAGCUGUUCCCCGUAUCGGACUACGCUUUCACCACCAUCCCCACCUACCCUUCCGGUCAGAUGGGCUUCGUCAUCUGCUCGACGGAUGCGAGCCACAACCUUCGCGAGCCCCUUCGCGAGGUGCCCGACUGCCGAUACUACAACUCACAGGUGCACAGGGCGGCUUUCACCUUCCCUGAAUUCGCCCGCAAGGUCAUCGACGACGGCGCUCCCGCUCCUGGCCGCAUCAUCCCCUCCGGCGAUGGCCAGGCCAAGGCUCAGCGUGCUGCCAAGAAGAUCCUCCUUCUCGGUUCAGGCUACGUUGCUGGUCCUUUCGCAAAGUACGUCACGCGCUUCCCCGAGUACAGCCUCACCGUCGCUUCGUCCAAGAUUGAGCACUCGGAGAAGCUCACCGAGGGCCUUCACAACGCUACUGCCGCCGCUGUCGACGUCAACGACGCUGCUGCUCUCUCGCAGAUCGUCAAGGGCCACGACAUUGUCAUCUCGCUCAUCCCUUACAUCUACCACGCUGCUGUCAUCAAGGCCGCUUGCGAGCACAAGGUCAACGUCGUCACCACCUCGUACGUCUCGGACGCUAUCCGCGCUCUUGAGCCCGAGAUUCAAAAGGCCGGCAUCACCGUUAUGAACGAGAUCGGCCUCGACCCUGGUCUCGACCACCUCUACGCUGUCAAGGCGAUCGACGAUGUCCACGCAGAGGGCGGCAAGAUCAAGUCGUUCCUCUCCUACUGCGGUGGUUUGCCUGCUCCCGAGGCUGCUGACAACCCGCUCGGCUACAAGUUCUCGUGGUCGUCGCGCGGUGUCUUGCUCGCUCUCCGAAACACGGCCAAGUUCUGGCAGGAUGGCCAGGAGCUCACCGUCUCUGGCCCUGAGCUCAUGGCCGCUGCCAAGAGCUUCUACAUCAACCCUGCUUUCGCUUUCGUCGCCUACCCCAACCGUGACUCGACGCCGUUCAAGCAGUGGUACCAGAUCCCCGAAGCCGAGACGGUCAUCCGAGGUACCCUCCGAUACCAGGGCUUCCCCGAGUUCAUUCUCGCUCUCGUCAAGCUCGGCUUCCUCGACGAGGAGUCCAAGGACUUCCUCGCCUACAACACUAAGGCUUCGUGGGCCGAGGUCACCGCCAAGAUGGUCGGUGCUUCGUCCACUGCCGAGACCGAGCUCAUUGCUGCCAUCAAGGCCAAGGUCUCGUUCAAGUCGGCGCAGGAGGAGGAGACCAUCAUCCGUGGUCUCCGCUGGCUCGACCUCUUCUCGACCAAGGCACCCGUCACCGUCCGCGGUACUGCCGCUCAGGAGGCCGAGAAGGUGGCCGGCAACCCGCUCGACUCGCUCUGCGCCACGCUCGAGGACAAGUGCGCCUACGCUCCUGGUGAGCGCGACAUGGUCAUGCUCCAGCACAAGUUUGAGAUCGAGACGGCCAACGGCGAGCACAAGACGCUCACCUCGACGCUGCUCGACUACGGUAUCCCGCACGGUGUCUCGUCGAUGGCCAAGCUCGUCGGUGUUCCUUGCGCUAUCGCCACGCGUCUCAUCCUCGAGGGCCACCCUGCUCUGUCCAAGACGGGCAUCCUCGCCCCUUACACCAAGGACAUCUGCGACCCCAUCCGCCUCGAGCUCGAGAAGGAGGGCAUCGCUCUCGAAGAGCGAUACGUAUAG